AUGAGCUACACCAACCCUCACUCGGAGCCCGUGGUCUUCGGCUUUAUUGGUGGCAGUGGAGUUUACAAGCUCAGCUGUAUGCAGGAGCCACGCUAUUAUGAUAUCGAAACGCCGUUUGGCAAGCCAAGCUGCCCAAUUUGCGUGGCGAAAAUCGAAGGCGUCUGGUGUGCGUUCCUCGCUCGCCACGGCAUCCACCACACCUUUCUUCCGUCAGAGGUGAAUUACCGCGCCAAUAUCUGCGCGCUGAAACAGCUCGGUGUGCGGAAUCUAUUCACGAUCAACACUGUUGGCUCGCUUGACGCGAACUACCGCCCGGGCGACCUCGCGCUCGUCAGCCAGUUCAUCGACCGCACGGUGAAGCGUGAGUCCACCUUCUUUGGCAACGGCUUGGUCGCACACGUCGAGUUUGCCAGCCCGACCUCCGUCGAGCUCUCUCGGAUCACCUACAACGCGCUGAAGGGGUGCUUCGCGCAGGAGAACGUGGAAUUCGCCGAGAACCCUGCCUCCCCGAGGAAGGAGGGCGUGUCGUUCCGCGUGCACGCCGCGUCGACGCUGGUGGUGAUUGAGGGGCCCACCUUCAGCACGCGGGCGGAGUCGCUCUCCCACAAGCACUCCGGCGGGCACCUAAUUGGGAUGACCUCCUGCCCGGAGGCCCGGCUCGCGCGGGAGGCGGAGAUGGCCUACGUCGUCGUCGCGAUGGUGACGGACAUGGACGCCUGGGACGACGCCCCGCACGUUGGGCUGGAGGGCAUCGUUAAGGUGAUGGCCCUCAACACCGCGAAGGCGGAGCGGAUCCCGUCCGCGGUCGUCGCCGCGCUCAAAGGGGCUUCCGUGGACGACCCCGCGCAUCACGCCCUCGAGCACGCCCUCGUGACCGCGCCAGAGCACGUCCCUAAGGCCCAGAAGGAACGCCUGGCGCCGCUGCUCCGCGAGAAGUUCCCCAGCUACGCCCCUUAG